AAAAACAUCUUGGAAAUGUGUGUACUCCCUGUUAUCUCUUAUCGGACAAAUGUUCAUGGCAGUGCUCUGCAUCAACAAGCUGGCGAGAUCCAAUGUAACCCUCAAUGGAACUUCUCCAGUAAUAUUCUACGUGACGACUUGCGUGACGAUGCUGAUGUUCUUCCAAGUGGCCCGACGCUGGCCGCAGCUGGUGCAGCAUAUCGCCAAGGCUGAGGAUAUGGAUCCCAACUUUGAUUGCGGUCUGGCCAAGAAGUGCAAUAUUACCUGUGCUGUGGUACUUAUUUUGGCCUUGUUGGAACACAUUCUGUCUUUGCUAUCAGCAUUUGCUGGAGCUGCUGCCUGCUACGGUAACAUGGAUAGCUACCAGGGAUUCGUCACACAUUUCUACCCCUGGGUAUUCAACUAUCUACCUUAUUCCCUAGUCUUAGGAAUCAUUACUCAGUUUCUCCAUUUUCAAUCAACAUUUAUUUGGAACUUCUCCGAUUUGUUCGUCAUCUGCAUGAGUUACUACUUGACUUCGAGGCUGGAACAGGUCAAUAAGAAACUGCUGGCUGCUCAAGGAAAGUAUCUACCCGAAGUCUUCUGGAGGGCAACUCGAGAAGACUACUGCAGAGCGACGCAGAUAGUUCGGAAGGUGGAUGACGUCAUCAGCGGCGUGGUCUUUAUAUCCUUCGCCAACAACCUCUUCUUCAUCUGUCUGCAGUUAUUCAAUACUUUGGAGGAUGGCUUGAAAGGGACAGGAGAAUGCAGCAAUAAAGGGAAGAAGAUCGUAGUAUCCAAGAAUGGUCCUCUGGGCGGGCAUGAGGCAGCGACAUAUUUCCUCUUUUCCCUGGUAUACCUCCUCUCCCGGUCUGUGGCAGUGUCUCUGAUAGCGUCACAAGUGAACAGCGCGUCUGCUGUACCGGCGCCCGUGCUGUAUGAUGUGCCUUCUCCUGUGUAUUGUGUUGAGGUACAAAGAUUCUUGGAUCAGGUGAACGGUGACAAAGUAGCACUGAGUGGUCUGCAGUUCUUCUCCGUAACUAAAGGAUUACUUUUAACCGUGGCCGGUACCAUAGUGACGUAUGAACUAGUGAUGUUCCAGUUCAACUCCUCUACUCCGACGCUGAACAUCACUGCUCCAACUGUUCUGACACCUUCUACUCUUUCUCUUACUACACUCUCUUCUUGAAAAUCUGGCUUUUAUUUAUUAUCUUUCCACAUUUUUUUACGGUAAAUGAGCAGACGAUCACCUGAUGGUAAGCAAUCGCUGCCGUCCAUGGAUAUUCGAAAUACCAAAAGCGUUACAAGUGCGUUUCCGGAUUUUUUGGGGUUACGAAUUUAAGGGUUGUUGGGGAAUCGGGGAUUGGGAAGAUUGUGAAGGAGGUAAU